UGGAAGAUGCAGACCUUCCUGAAAGGGAAAAGGGUUGGUUAUUGGCUGAGCGAGAAGAAAAUCAAGAAGCUGAAUUUCCAGGCGUUUGCGGUGCUUUGCAGGAAAAGGGGAAUAGAAGUUAUACAGCUUGACCUUACCAGACCAAUAGAAGAUCAGGGCCCACUAGAUGUGAUCAUACACAAACUAACGGAUGUCAUUAUUGAAGCAGACCAAAAUGACAGCCAGUCAUUGGAGUUGGUUCACAGGUUCCAGGAGUAUAUUGAUGCUCAUCCUGAAACCAUCAUUCUGGACCCCCUUCCUGCUAUCAGGACACUGCUGGACCGAUCAAAGUCUUAUGAGCUUAUUAGACAGAUAGAGGCCUAUAUGCAAGAUGAGAGGAUCUGUUCUCCACCAUUUAUGGAACUGACAAGCACAUAUGGAGAAGACACCUUGCAGCAAAUAGAGAAGAGUGGAAUAGCAUUCCCAUUUAUUUGCAAGACAAGAGUGGCCCAUGGAACCAACUCUCAUGAAAUGGCUAUCAUAUUCAACCAGGAAGGCCUGAAGGCCAUCCAGCCCCCGUGUGUGAUUCAAAGCUUCAUCAACCAUAACGCCGUCCUCUAUAAAGUCUUUGUGGUUGGAGAGUCAUACAGUGUGGUGAAGAGGCCGUCUCUCAAGAACUUCUCAGCUGGCAUUUCAGAUCGAGAAUCGAUAUUUUUCAACAGCCACAAUGUAUCAAAGCCAGAAUCCUCUUCAGUCCUAACAGCACUUGAUAAAAUAGAAGGCGUGUUUGAGAGGCCAAAUGACGAGGUCAUCCGAGCGAUCUCAAAGGCGCUGCGGCAGGCCCUGGGGGUGUCUCUCUUCGGGAUUGACGUCAUCAUUAACAAUCAGACUGGUCAGCACGCUGUGAUUGACAUCAAUGCAUUCCCAGGUUAUGAGGGUGUCUCAGAAUUCUUCACUGACCUCCUCAACCACAUCGCUGCUGUCCUGCAGGGGCAAGCGCCCGAGGUGUCCCAACUCAACCGCAGCAAGCACCAGGCCGAGCAGACCGGCAACUUAGCGGGGGAGAGGACAUGCUGCGCGAGCAAUGGCUGCCGGAGCCUGGUGGGCAAAGACCCCUGGAUAGUGGACAGCGAGACCACCCCCUCUGUGAAGCUUCAGCACCAGAGACUAGGCUGCAACUCGGCAGUCUCCCCGAGCUUUCAGCAGCACUGCGUUGCCACAUUGGCAACGAAAGCUUCCUCUCAAUAACCCAAACGGGCGCCGUGGACUGAGGGGGAGAACCCUAGGCCCCAGGAUCAAAGCAGGCUGGGUUGGUAAUGCAACUACUACUUAAAAAAAAAAUCUCUAUUAGUUCAACGUGAUUUUU